AUGGCAUUUGGAGCACCAAGAGGUAGAGGCGGAAGCCGUGGAGGUGGCCGUGGCGGAUUUUCAGGAAGAGGUGGUCGUGGUGGCGCCUCAGCAGGAAGAGGUGGUCGUGGUGGAGCCAGAGGUGGUGGAAGAGGCGGCGCCAGAGGUGGAAGAGGUGGUGCUAGAGGCGGCCGUGGUGGAGCACGUGGUGGAGCACGUGGUGGAGCCAAAGUUGUUAUUGAACCACACAGACAUGCUGGUGUAUUUAUUGCCAGAGGAAAAGAAGAUUUGUUGGUUACGAAAAACAUUGCUCCAGGUGAAUCUGUUUAUGGUGAAAAAAGAAUAACAGUUGAAGAACCAGCAAAAGAAGAAGGAGCAGCACCAACAAAAAUCGAAUACCGUGUAUGGAAUCCUUUCAGAUCGAAGUUGGCCGCUGGUAUCAUGGGUGGUAUCGAUGAAUUAGGUGUUGCGCCAGGAAAGAAAGUUUUAUAUUUGGGUGCUGCCUCUGGUACCUCAGUCUCUCAUGUCGCUGAUGUUGUAGGACCGGAAGGUUUGGUCUAUGCUGUUGAGUUUUCACACAGACCGGGAAGAGAGUUGAUUGGUAUGGCCAAAAAGAGACCAAAUGUGAUCCCAAUCAUUGAUGACGCCAGACACCCACAAAAAUACAGAAUGUUGGUGGGAAUGGUUGAUUGUGUUUUUGCUGAUGUUGCUCAACCAGAUCAAGCUCGUAUUAUUGCAUUGAACUCGCACUUGUUUUUGAAAGAUGGCGGUAUAGUUGUUAUAUCUAUCAAAGCAAACUGUAUUGAUUCUACCGUUGAUGCUGAGACCGUUUUCGCCAGAGAAGUGCAAAAAUUGAGAGAAGAGAGAAUCAAGCCAUUGGAACAAUUGACAUUGGAACCAUAUGAGAGAGAUCAUUGUGUAGUUGUUGGCCGUUACAUGAGAAGUGGAAUCAAAAAGUGA